AACGGGGGUGGGGGGAGGGGUGUAGGGGGGGGAUAAAUGAGCCGGGAGGUGCCGGGAUCCCCCAGCAGUGACGGGAUGAAGGCGUCCGGCGUCAUCCUCAACGUCAUCAGCUUCCUCCUCCUCCUCCUCCUCCUCCUCCUCCUCGCGGGAAGAGGGGACACGGCCUUGGUCCCCCCCGAUUCAGCGCUGGAACCCCCAGCCCCGAUGGGGGAUGGGCAGAUUUUGUCUCCGCUGAAGGCGUCGCCCCGAAAUCUGCUGGGUGACGGACAGCCCCCCCAAAUCCGCCGCCGCCGCCACAGCUCCCACUUCCCCCUCUGCUCCUACUGCUGCAACUGCUGCCGAAACCGGGGCUGCGGCCUCUGCUGCCGCACCUGACACCCCCCACCCCCCCAAACCCCCCCCCGACACCCCAAAACCCCCCCCCGGCCCCCCCACCCCUCCCCCCCACCCCCCCUAUUUAUUACCCCCCCCCCAAU